ACAUGAAUGAGACCUUUGUUAAAUCCCAUUUGACAUCACAUAAGGAAUCGUCACAUACAAUGAUCAUUGCCAAUGCACUCCAAGCCUAUUGUUUUCCAGGUUAUGGUGACAUGACGCCUGUAUCUUGCAAAGUAACUUUCCAAUCCAAGAUUUUGUUCAGGUAAAGGGAGCACCUUAUCACUUGGGCUACCCUUCUUUCUCUUCUGACAAAAUAGUUAUACUGUUACAAAGUAGAUACGGCUAAUCUUUUGAAAAAGGAGUCUCCGAAGUAGAAGUUCAACCAUUUUUUUUUUUCAAUCAUGUAAUAGAAUUAAUUACAAAAAUUUCUAUCUUAACUUAUCAACAAGGUAUUAACACCAUCUUCAUAAGAAUUGAGCACUCCACCUUAUUGCACCUAAAGCAUUGAUACAGUGUCAGUCUCGAUGUUUGAACUGCUCAGGUUCGAUCCUAAACUUGAUUGUCUACUUAGGCAUAAAAAAUGAAAAGACAUACAAAUUACUUGUUAGGUUUACGUUACAGGAAUUUUUUUUGUUGCCCCAUGCAUGCAGGUAGGGGGUUGCCGAAGGCUAUGGGCUUGUGUGGCUUUCCGGGGCUGGCUGUCCAUUGAUAUACCCCAAGCAUUGAUACACAACCGAACUAUAUAUAUAUGUGUGUGUGAGUCCCAAUUUUGAACUUGUAAAAGUUCACUAUUUUAUGCUUUGUUUAGAACUUAGGAAAAAUGAGAGAGAAAUGAGAGGAAGUGGGAGGAAAAAAAUUUGCUAUUCCUAAAAUUUGAUAUUAUUUUUCUCUCUCUUUCUUUUCUAACCAAACAAAAGAGGGGGAAUUUUUUUAAUUUUCCUUCUUUUCCUUUCCUUGAGUUUCAAACAAAGCUGAGAAUCUCUAGCCCUUACCUUACUCAAAUGAGUUAAAGGUCUCUUUCUUAUCAUCCACUCCAAUGGCAAAACCCAUUUUCAACAAGUUCACAUAGAGAAUCUCUGGCAUCCACUCCAAUGGCAAAACCCAUUUUCAAAAAAGUUCUUAGAGAAUCUCUGGCAUCCACUCCAAUGGCAAUCCCAUUUUAACCCAAAAUCCUCGCCACCAGAGAAAUUCCUUCACCAUCGCCUUCAAUUUUCAACCAGAUUUUUUCAAAUCACGACCGAAGAUCCAUCCAUCAAGCUCUUCGGCGAAAUCACUAGGGAAAUAUAUACAUAUAUAUAAGCGAGUCCACGAGAGUCCUUUCAGUCUCUUUACGCGAUUGAAUUUAUCCGAAUAGGCACCAAGGGAGUACACGAGUUCCAAUGGGCAGGAUUAGCGGUGAAGAAGGAUGGUUAUCUCUAGGGCCAUGGGGAGGGAAAGGUGGUGCAUAUGCAACUUACAAGCCUGACGGACCUAUAAUGCAGAUAACUAUUCGUUAUGGAAAUGUUAUCGAUUCAAUUUUAUUUGAAAGUAAAAGUCGCGAUGGCGUCGUCAUAGGAAGCUCCAUAAAAAUCGGUGGUUCUGGUGGCGGUUCGUCUGCAAAGUUCUCCAUCGACAGUUCAGUAGAGCAAUUCUCAUCCAUAAGCCUGACGUACAAAGACUAUCGUGGAUGUGUAGUACUCUCAUCUCUCAGUUUUAAUACAAAUCUAAGAAACAUUGGGCCCUUUGGUAAGGGAGGGGGUCUUCCUAUGUCCAUUCCAAUAGAAGGUGGAGUCAUUGCUGGAUUCCAUGGACGUGGUGGAAGCCUAGUUGAUGCAAUUGGUGUAUUUGUUGAACCAAAAGUCAAGAAGAUGGAGGAAGAGCUGAAGACUAAAAUCAAAGAGUUGGAGACUAAAAAUAAAGAGUUGAAGGAGAGGGAGGAUGUAUUUCAAACGAAGAUGGAAGAGGUGAAAGCACAGAAUAAAGAGUUAAGGGAGAGGAUCGAAGUGAUGGAAGUGACAAAGGUGGUUGACUUACAGAAGAUGGAGGAAGAGCUGAAGAAUAAAAUCGAAGAGCUAAAGACUAAAAAUAAAGAGUUGAAGGAGAGGGAGGAUGUAUUUCAAACAAAGAUGGAGGAGGCAGAAACACAGAAUAAAGACCUAAGGGAGAGGAUCAAAGUGAUGGAAAAGAUGGAGGAAGAGCUGACGACUGAAAUUGAAGAGAUGAAGACUAAAAAUAAAGAGUUGAAGGAAAGGGAGGAUAUAUUUCAAAAGAAGAUAGAGGAGGCAGAAGCACAGAAUAAAGAGCUGAGGGAGAGGAUCAAAGUGAUGGAAGUGACACAGGUGGCUGACUUACAGAAGAUGGAGGAAGAACUGAAGAAUAAAAUCGAAGAGCUAAAGACUAAAAACAAAGAGUUGAAGGAGAGGGAGGAUGUAUUUCAAAUGAAGAUGGGGGAGGCAGAAACACAGAAUAAAGAGCUAAGGGAGAGGAUCAAAGUGAUGGAAAAGAUGGAGGAAGAGCUGACGACUGAAAUUGAAGAGAUGAAGACUAAAAAUAAAGAGUUGAAGGAGAGGGAGGAUAUAUUUCAAAAGAAGAUAGAGGAGGCAGAAGCACAGAAUAAAGAGCUGAGGGAGAGGAUCAAAGUGAUGGAAGUGACACAGGUGGUUGACUUACAGAAGAUGGAGGAAGAACUGAAGAAUAAAAUCGAAGAGCUAAAGACUAAAAAUAAAGAGUUGAAGGAGAGGGAGGAUGUAAUUCAAAUGAAGAUGGAGGAGGCAGAAACACAGAAUAAAGAGCUAAGGGAGAGGAUCAAAGUGAUGGAAAAGAUGGAGGAAGAGCUGACGACUGAAAUUGAAGAGAUGAAGACUAAAAAUAAAGAGUUGAAGGAGAGGGAGGAUAUAUUUCAAAAGAAGAUAGAGGAGGCAGAAGCACAGAAUAAAGAGCUGAGGGAGAGGAUCAAAGUGAUGGAAGUGACACAGGUGGUUGACUUACAGAAGAUGGAGGAAGAAUUGAAGAAUAAAAUCGAAGAGCUAAAGACUAAAAAUAAUGAGUUGAAGGAGAGGGAGGAUGUAUUUCAAAUGAAGAUGGAGGAGGCAGAAACACAGAAUAAAGAGCUAAGGGAGAGGAUCAAAGUGAUGGAAAAGAUGGAGGAAGAGCUGACGACUGAAAUUGAAGAGAUGAAGACUAAAAAUAAAGAGUUGAAGGAGAGGGAGGAUAUAUUUCAAAAGAAGAUAGAGGAGACAGAAGCACAGAAUAAAGAGCUGAGGGAGAGGAUCAAAGUGAUGGAAGUGACACAGGUGGUUGACUUACAGAAGAUGGAGGAAGAACUGAAGAAUAAAAUCGAAGAGCUAAAGACUAAAAAUAAUGAGUUGAAGGAGAGGGAGGAUGUAAUUCAAAUGAAGAUGGAGGAGGCAGAAACACAGAAUAAAGAGCUAAGGGAGAGGAUCAAAGUGAUGGAAGUGAGUUGUGACACAGGCUAUAGUAGCCGAACUUAUCUAUCCAUAAUAUUGCUCAUCGAUUUUAAAUAG